GCUGGGGGACCUGGGGCACAUCCAGAACAAUGCGUCGUUGAUGUUGCUGGCAGCUAAGAGUUAAGGCAGUCUCCCCACCUCCAUUGCUGCUCCUCCCUUGUAAUAAAAUAGAGAGAAGGAAAGUACCAGAGAUUUACGGAAGUUUGCCCAGUCAGUCACCAAUCUCACCCAUAAGUGUACAAAGGGCCUAUAACUAUUACAUUAGUUAGGCUUGCGGUAAAAAAGUACUACUGAAUACAUUAGUCACAGUUUAUAAGAACCGGUGCUAGUCAUUUGGGUCAAAAGGGGUCGCUAUUUCUUUACGUAGUGGGCGAUUCUAUGGAGUGAGCAGCUCAGUUUCAGCCACUGUCCCCGAGAGAGAGGAGUUAUAUAAACAGCUUACGGUGUAGGAUUUAGGGUGCAAUGGCCGCUGCGGUUCUAUGUCUGUGCUUUGCCCUCGUUGGAUUAUCUUGCUGUUUUAAUUUAGACACUGACAACCCAUCGGUACAAUCUGGUGCUGAAGGCAGCUACUUCGGCUUUUCUAUUGAUUUCUUUACCCCAGAUCCCUCAUCGUCAUAUUUGUUGAUUGGUGCACCCAAAGCAAAUACCUCCCAAAAAGGGAUUGUCCAUGGAGGUGAAGUGGUCAAAUGCGACUGGAAAGGUUCUGGAUGCCAGGCUCUUACUUUUGACACCAGUGGAAACCGUGAUUUUGCUGAAAACGAUCCCAUAGAAUUUAAGUCUAAUCAGUGGUUUGGAGCAUCUGUAAGAGCUAAGCAGAAUAAAAUUCUGGCAUGUGCUCCUUUAUAUCACUGGAGAACUGAAAAAAAACAAGAAAAAGAGCCGGUUGGAACAUGUUAUUUACAGGAUGGAUCUACCAUUGUCGAAUAUGCUCCAUGUAGAUCUAAUUCAAAAAUUGAUGCCGAAGGGCAAGGAUUCUGUCAAGGAGGAUUUAGUAUUGACUUUACGAAGGCAGACAGAGUUCUUCUUGGUGGGCCUGGCAGUUUUUAUUGGCAAGGUCAACUCAUUUCAGACAGUGUAACAGAGAUUAUUGAUAAAUAUGAUCCAACAAAAUUUAGCAUCACUUAUGACAACCAGCUAGCAACUCGCCCUGCUAAUGCUUUAUAUGAUGAUAGCUACUUGGGAUAUUCAGUGGCAGUAGGGGAUUUUAAUGGAGACGGGAUUGAAGAUUUUGUCUCUGGCGUGCCAAGAGCUGCAAAAACAAUAGGCAUGGUGUCUAUUUAUGAUGGUGGUAAUAUGGCAUCAUUGCACAAUUUUACUGGAGACCAGAUGGCUGCCUACUUUGGAUAUUCUGUGGCUACAACUGAUAUCAAUGGAGAUGGAUUAGUGGAUUUGUUUAUUGGAGCACCUCUGUUUAUGGAGCGUGGAUCAGACGGCAAGCUUCAGGAAGUGGGACAGGUGUACGUUUAUCUGCAGCAAAGCACACAUGUACUUCAGCAUUUGCUCAAAAUAAACGGAUUUGAGGUCUUUGCAAGAUUUGGCAGUUCUAUUGCACCUCUUGGAGAUGUGGAUCAAGAUGGCUUUAAUGACAUUGCUAUAGCUGCCCCAUAUGGUGGAGAACACAAGAGAGGUCUUGUUUACAUUUACAAUGGAAGACCGACAGGUGUGAGCUCGGUACCAUCUCAGGUCAUUGAAGGACAGUGGGCCUCAAAAACUAUGCCCCCAAGCUUUGGCUACUCAUUAAAAGGGGCUACAGAUGUUGAUCAGAAUGGAUACCCAGAUUUACUUGUCGGUGCAUUCGGAGCAGAUAAAGCUAUAUUGUACAGGGCCCGCCCAGUUGUCAGCGUAAAUGCUGUUCUAGAAGUAACACCAACUAUUCUAAAUCCAGACAGUAAAGAAUGUACACUGCCAAGUGGAAAUAAAGUCUCCUGCUUUGAUGUGAAGUUCUGUCUGAAGGCUCAAGGCAAAGGAACAUUACCAAACAAUUUCAAAUUCAGUGUAGAGCUUUUACUGGAUAAACUUAAGCAGAAAGGUGCAGUUAGGAGAGCGUUGUUUCUUCACAACAGACAAUCCAGCCACUCUAAAAACAUGACAAUAACAAAUGGAGGAGGCAUGCGCUGUGAAGAACUCAAGGCAUUUUUACGGGAAGAUUCAGAGUUUAGGGACAAGCUUACACCAAUUUCGAUUUUUAUGGAAUACCAAAUGGAUUAUAAAUCUGCUGUUGAUAAAUCUGGGCUUUUGCCUAUCCUGAACCAGGUUACUCCAGCUGCUCUAACUAAACAGGCUCAUAUUUUGCUGGAUUGUGGUGAAGACAAUAUAUGUAAGCCAAACUUAUUGUUGUCAGUGGAAAGUGAACAAAAGCAGAUUUAUAUAGGCGAUGAUAGUCCACUGACACUAUUAGUCAAUGCGCAGAAUCAAGGUGAAGGUGCAUAUGAAGCAGAACUCUUUGUCCAAAUUCCACCACAGGCAGACUUCAUUGGUGUUGUUCGAAACAAUGAGGCAUUAUCAAGAUUAUCCUGUGCAUUUAAGACUGAGGACCAAUUACGGCUUGUAGUAUGUGAUCUGGGUAAUCCAAUGAAGCCUUUGACUAAGAUCACAGCUGCCUUACGUUUUAGUGUACAUCAAUUGACUGAGAUGGACAACUCAGUAAAGUUCAGCUUGCAAAUUCGGAGCUCUAAUCAGUAUGAUAAUUCAAGCAAUGUAGAAAAUAUAGAGAUUGAUCUUGCAGUAUUAGCAGCAGUUGAAAUUAGAGGCGUUUCAACGCCUAAUGAGGUAUUCUUGCCUAUUGCAAACUGGGAACCAAUUGAGAAUCCAUUAACAGAAGAUGAUAUUGGACCAUUAGUUCAGCACAUUUAUGAGCUUCGAAAUAAUGGUCCAAGUGGAUUCAGUAAAGCUAUACUUAAUCUCCGGUGGCCUUACAAGUUCAACAAUAACACCUUGUUGUACAUUGUUAAAUAUGAAACUGAUGGUCCUAUGAAUUGCUCCUCAGAUAUGGAAAUCAACUCCUUAAAUGUUAAGGUUUCUGCUGAGAAAAAUGAAACCCUGUUUGCUAUUAAUCGGGAACGCAAUCGACGUGAUCUAUCAGAACUGGAAGGAGAGAUGCAGACUCUUGGUUGUGGAACUGCAGAUUGUCUUAAUAUUACUUGUCACAUUGGACAACUGGAAAAAGGAAAAAGUGCCAUCUUAUAUAUUAGAUCAAGACUCUGGACUCGCACAUUCAUGAAUGCAGAAAAUCAAAAUCAUUCAUACUCCCUGAAAUCAUCCGCUUUCUUCCAUGUUAUAGAAUUUCCGUAUAAAAACUUACCAAUUGCUGAUAUAACUAAUUCUACAGUGGUCACAACAAAUGUUUUAUGGGUUAAUCAGUCAACCAAUUUGCCAGUGCCAGUGUGGGUGAUUGUCUUAGCUGUGUUAUCGGGUUUGCUGCUUUUAUCACUCAUGGUUUUGAUCAUGUACAAGUGUGGUUUCUUCAAACGUGUUCGACCUCCACAAGAAGAGACUGAAAGAGAACAGCUACAGCCGCAAGAAAAUGGAGAAGGAAUUACAGAUGCUUGAACCAAAUAGAUUAAAAUAUUUUGUUUGUGUAACAUGUAUUGCUGUAGGUGUACGACCGUUAUGACUUGUACCAUGUUGCUUCAAUACAUUGUACCACUAAAUGCUUUCAUUUUCUGAAAGUGGCAGUUUGACAUGCUUUAAGGUUGACUGCAUCAUAUUUUCUCCUUUUUGUCUUUACAAUUUUGCUUGAGUGCUGCACAGGUAUCUCACUAGAAGUUACAGUAAUUUUACUGACAUACAUUUGAAGGGACAGUAAACACCUGUUAUAAAUACAAUAUAUUUUUGAAGUCUUACAAUAAAUAAUGGAUGAUUUUUUUAAAUUAUUUGUUACAGCAUUAAUGCCAUGUUUGCUGCAAUUGUUUUUCAAUAGUCAAACCUCUACCAACCAUUUGGUAGGAGCCAAUCCGGACUUCUUACAUUAGUAGACAAUGGUAGCCAUGUUAUUGUGUUAACAAAAUAGCCAUUGUUUUGUUGUUGCUUAUCAAAUUAUCCCCAUUGUGGAAAAGGGGGCAAAGUAAAUAAAGUAUAUUCCCAAGUUUUCUUUAAUGUAUAUAAUAUAACUGUUUAUAUUACAAUGUCAAAGUGUUUACUGUUCCUUUAAGAUUAAGGUGGGCGUUCUUUUGCAGCAGGGAAGUGUAUAUUUCUGAUUCUGAGCAUCCUGCAUAUGAUUUGGAAAGUGUACUGUAGCAUUUGAAAAUUAUUUUGAUACUUGGAUAUUGACAUUGCCAUGUAUUUCCCCUUGACUAGUUUUAAGAAGUGUCUGUCUUUAACAUUCUAGGAAUAUACUAAAGGCUUUUUAUACUUUAAACCCUGAUCAGAACACAAACUAUGUAAGGAUAUGUAAUGGACGAAUUUAUUUUAGUAUAUAAAGUAUGAAAAUAUAUUUUUCAGAAUAGCUGUUCUAUUGUUGCUCAGAGAACAGCCAUUAUUUUUAUACUGUUUGGAAUAAUUUAUAUACUUGAAUCAUAAAAUAAAUUGUUUAAAAAUUGAGAAAAUUCAUUUUAUGUAUCCAAACACCUACACUUUUUGUUCCAGUUAACUUUACAAUUUAAAUUGAAUUGGUGUAUCAUACAAAUGCCAAUCUGAGUUUUACUUAAUUUGUAAACAUAAGAACAAAUGAAAAUACUCCAUGUUAGAACAAAGUUUUGUAUGGACAAGUGCACUAUAGAGAUUUUAAAUUGCAAAUUUGUAGCAUAUAUAUUUAUAUAGUGAAAAAAUGCAUAAUACUUUGCUUUUGUUUUAUCUUUAUAAGAUGGAUAAGUUGUAGCUUUUCAUAGUAUCAAAUAGAUCACAACACUAAAGAUGGGUCAAUACCAUAAUGUUUCAAUAUUCUACCCUGAUGUGUAUUUUUUAACUUUGAUACUCAAUACUCAAUUAGAGCAUUACAUUUCCUAUAUAGUCUUCAUGCAUUUUAAAAUAUUUUGUGUGAAUAUUUUUAACAUUUAUUCUACCACACAACCUUAAGAACUAAAUGUCAUUUUUUAAUAUAUGAUACAUUUUGAUACUUCCUAAAUAUUGAGGUAUCAAAUGUACAAAGGACCCAUCUCUACAAAAAAAAAAAAAAAAAAACGAUAAAUUUAAAGGAGAUUUUUUUUCCCAAGCACUUUUGUAGCAAUAAUUACAUUCCAAGGUUCAGUUUCGGAAUGUAUUUAGCAAAAUCUAAAUGCUUAUCUAUAGCACUAAUGUUUACGUUUCUUACUGUCAGUCUAGCUUGUACUAAUAAAGGCUAUAUAAAACUUGUAUCUAUUUCUUUACAUGCUAUGAAAUUUCUUAUAUAUUUCAUACAUUGAUUUUCAGAAAUGGUUUACAAUUAGCUGCUGUUCUAUUACAAAAUUAAACACUGCCUAAAUGUAUUAAAUAUCACUGCCAUUCCCUUUUUAUUUCCUAAUUGUGUAAAGGUCAUAGAAAUACAUAACUGUAGAAUGUAAGAAUAUUGAUGUAUUCUUUCUCCUUGUAACUUUUUGUUCAUACCUGGUGUGGUAGCUGAGUGCACAGUGACAGAUAGGCAAACAGCCUGUGGCACAACCAGCUCUGUUUACUGGACAAUAGAAAUGGCAUUUUAAUGAAUACAGAUACUGCCUCCGGUCUACCAAAAUUAUGCAGUCUACAAUGUGUUCUUGUGUGAGAUAGACUGUAUAACAAUACGUUGUAGUAUAGCGAUAAUAAGUAAAAUGGCUAAAAUAGUUUAAAUUUGAUGCUUGGUUCAUAUUAUCAUUAAAGAAAAAAUGGAUCUAUGUAACCAAGAACCUCACCUAAUUUAACUAUAUAAAUUCCUUCACAAUUUUUUCUUCUUCACAAUUUGUUGAUAUUUUUCACCAAUUACCAAGUAUUUUCAUUAAUGGGUUAAUAGCCAAUUAAAUGUUUGCAAUUUGUUUUUUUUAUAGGUCUACUACUGGUAAAUAUUUUAGAUACUGUUUUACAACAGAUUGUAAAAAUAUAUUUGUAGAACCAAGUGAAAAUUUUUAUUUGCAUUGUAAUUUGGAGUACCAUAUUUAAACACAUCUUUGUUUAAGGAAACAAUUUAGAUAAAUGCGUCUUCUAUAGUUAAAUGUGCUAUUUAUAUACAGAAUAAGCAUUUAAUUCAACAGUGAAACAUGGGAAAUAGUGCAAGUAUUUCUGGUACCUUUGUUACAUUUCCCCCCUAACAAUGUCUUUCUAUUUACCAAUUGCCACCUGUGUAUCUAUCAUCAGGUAAAGACGGAAGGCAAAUUGUCCUUUAAAAUGAAAUAAAAAUAAAUUAGAUUUUUAUUUUAGUUUUUGACAUACACAAUAACACAAAACAAAACUAUUUUUUUUGUUUUUAAUAACACAUUGUUUAGGAUUUCCCCCUGUACCCUUUCUCUUUGGGUGAUGUAACAAAAGAAAUGGAAGAUAUUAAUUGUGAAAUUGUCAGAUAAACCUUAUAGUCAUUCCUGAAGAGCUGUGAUUGGAUCUUUAUUUCAAAUUGAUAUAUUAUUGGUAGAGGAAUUCUGGCAAUAUUAAUGCUUAAUUCUUUCAUAGCGUUGACCACCUUUUUGUUUUGUUGUUCAAAUUAGAAUAAAAUGGCUUUUGAAAAGAUUAAUCAUGUGACCUGUUUGUGUACUUUUAAAGUUAAAUCUUUUUUUUAUAUUAGUGUAUCUAAACUCAGUCUGAUAACAAAUCAUUUAGGGGGUUAAUCUGUUCUACUACUAAGAUUUUAAAAACAAAAAAUAAAUUAAUGUAUGUUACGUAUUUUUGUAUUGAUGUUUUGUCAAUAAAAUGUAUUAAAAACUUA